GGACCUGGCAGAACACUUGCUUUAUUGUUGACUUCAGCUGGCCGCCGUCUAGAACGAUGGGUGGAUGCUGCAAGCGAACAUCUAAGCGGUGGUGCCAACGUAAAUACCGCUGUUGUUCGUAUGUUACCAGCCCGUGAUGGCAGUCCGCAGUGUCCUUGUGCUCAGCCAGUGAGCCCUGACGCAUCUCCAUCGGCUGAAUCCUCAACCUCUUCCCGAGCAUCGUGUUUAUCUGCUGAUCCAGAUGUCCUCUUGGAUUUCAUCCUCUCUUCCGGAAACUAUAGGUGCUCAAAGUGCGGUCAAUCUUACGGGAAAGCCCUUAUGACUCAUUAUCCCUUUCUCUUGGGUUGCGAAUUCCUCGUAUCUCACGUUGGCAGAUCAGAAACUUUAUCCAGUGCUUAUCCGACCAUGCGUUACAUUCUUGCGUUUGUCGCCAUCUAUGCCGAUUUCCUCAGCAUGUUCCUAACAAUAGGUCUUGGAGACGCGCUAGACUCUUUUGCGGAAAAAGCCCGCUUGUUCUCAAAGGCACUUUGCCUUACUCAAGACGUAGAUCUCUUCCUUGGGCGCCUAAAGAACGCUUUACCGGUUUUGAAGGAGGAUGAACCAUUUGCUUUCACUAAGCAUCUCGACACACACUGGGGCGAAUUCAGGCAACGACUCGUGAAAAGGAGUGGCUACGGCAUUAUCUGGAGAGACAACCCAGCAUACCAACUAACCGAAGACCUGAAACUGCUACUGAAUUAUAUGAAGUGAAUAUUUUGGUGACUGUUAUCUAAAUUAACAAAGAUAACCUAUCUCGUUUUAGGCACCCUGAUACUCGUUUUGUUGCAGCUUCCCGGCUUCUUAGAAUCGGCAGCUCCGAUGGUCUUUUACCGCUAUUAGUCACCUCAAAAGCGGUUAAAGUCUGUUGGCAGGUGCUGCGCACCUGCAAGGAGCGUCAUGAUCUAGACAUCCUCGUUGUCGUUCAUUUACUGCAGAAUAUCUUCAGAAGUAUCAAUGAAGUAAUAUAUAUUCUU